AGGGGGUAAUCUUGCCCAACCAUGAAUCCGAAUCUGCUUCCGCCAUCCACCCGUGUUGUCCUCCGGGCGUGUUGUCAUCCGGGCCGACUUUACGCUGUACAAGGAAUUUAUGCCCCAGCGUCGGGAUCUGCUGCUGGUUCCGGAACAAGGCAAGUGCGACGCCGACGCGGCCCGCUUCGAAACACUGGCAACCGGCUCUAUCUGGACGGGAAGUAUGGGGAAGCUUUGGUAUGGUGCUUCGCGGAGAAGGAGACGAACCGGCUGGCCACGGGAUACGGGAAUCGGUCGGUGGUUUACUUCGAGCAGGGCGAGUACGCGUUUGCACUGUACAACAUCGAUCUGGCCAAGAAGCAUGAUUAUCCCGAAAAGUUGAUGCCGAAGCUGCGGGUCAUGGAGUUGAACUGCAAGCAUCAGAUUGCUGCUGGCCGUUCGAAGGACACGGUUCCAAGUCCGCGGAUGGACAUUAAUGUGGACUGUUGA